AUGCUUACCAUGGCGCUGUCCUCUCUCUAUCCCUCGGAGCACCGCACUCUGCGCGUGCUCGAGCUCGCCUGCCCCGACUCCGACGCAGACCUGCGCGAGAGCUGCGCUCACCUCGUAUCAAAACGUCGCAUGACGAUCGACGAAGCGAUCGAGUGUGUGAAGAGCGAAGCGUUGAAGGGUGGGAGCACCACUGGCACCGUGAUCACGACGACGACACCGUCGCUGGCAAGAGCUACAGCAAUGAGUGCAACGCGAAGCGCCGUGGCGGCGCCAGCCGCAGCUUCAGCAGUCUCCUCGUGCAGCCCGGCUAGGUCAUACCUACCACCGCCGCCCUGUCCGCAUCCGCGCGCUUGUGAGCGCGAGGGCAGCGACGCUGGCGCCGGCAACGUCGGGACGACUUAUUAUCAAGGGUCCCGCUCAGCGCGCACGCGGCCUUCGGCGGCCAAGGAAGGCACAACGACCGCGACACGCGCGGUGCCGGUCUCGGCGAGAUCAACGGCAGCACCACCGUUGGAAGCGGACCCGCCUCACGAAAAUUGCACACAGGCUCGCAGUACAACACGCCGACGGUACACACAGGGGGUAUCCGCUCUGACGGUGACGCCGCCUGUGGAAGAGACGAGCCCUCAAGCGCUAGUGAAAGGGCAAAACGGAGACUGGGUCUCGGAUGGUGCGGCUGAGGGUGUGACCGGGUCGGGAGCGGAUGCGUCACGCUCACAUAGCCGAGGGCGACUGGGCCAGAACGACGGUGAGCUGGGCGAUCUUCGCGACGUCUCCGCGCCGAUGGCCGAGGGGCAGCUCAAUGAAUCGAGCGCGCCACACAUGCUCGCACCAACGGCAGCGCGUAGAAGUCGUGAAUCGGCGGCGGCGGCGUUCACCACGAGAGCGCCAACUGGGUCGAAGCCAGGGCGAGAUGCGUACAGCGGUGGUGUGGCGACAGCUGCAGCUACUCCUCCGUCUACUGGGACUCUUCUUCAGAGACGGCCGCUGCCACCCUGCUCUUCGGCGGUACCCUCUUUACCCUACACAGGUUGCCGCGAGGGCGCAGCGGACGACAGCGCACCGCGCAAGGCGGCGGAACGGGGGGACGCAGAUGACGGAUACUGCGGCGCUGAGCCGCUGCUGUCGGAGCUGAAGCAGACCACGGCGGAGGAGCGCGCCACCUUCGAAUCACAGCAGGCUGACAUGAUGCACUACUGGUACCGCGACGAAACCUCCAUGUUUGACGACUGCCUCUCGCGCUACGGCCCCGGGCAGGUGUUGUUCUUCAUGACGAGCAUGACCGGGGAGCGCGCGGUGCGGGACCGUUGCCGGCUUAUGCAGAACUUGCUCUUCAUCAAGCUCAUCCCACACCACACCAUCGACAUCGCCGAUAGCGAAUUUUUCCACCGACGUGUGCGAAGACUGUACACGGGUGCAACCACGAAGCACAACAUGCCAGAGAUGCCGCUCCUUUUUGUGGACACGACGCUGAUCGGCGACUUCGUCACGGUGCAGGAGCUGGAGGACUGCGGUGAGCUCGACGCGAUGAUGAUUGAGGCAGGCUGCCGAGUGCUGCGCCGGCGUAUCGUCGAAGCGCACCAACAGCGGCGUGCUGGUCUCGCGGCCGUGCCUCUGCUGCUGCCCGUGAGCACGAGUUCUGCGGCAAAGAGCACAGAGUCAGGGACGCCCUCUUCAACUGCCCCUGUCGGUGCUUCGAGGCCCAGCGUAACGGUGGGCCGCUGCACUGUCAGCGAUGGAGGCCAAUUAUAG